AAAGCUUUGCCUUAAAUGCAUGGGGAGAAGUGAUCAGGGCAGCGAACAGAGCAUCAUUCAGAUAGGAGAACAGAGCCUCUAUUACUGACACAGCAUCGAGCCAGCACACCUCCUACCACCAAGACUCAGUAGAUUCCAGGUGAGAGGCACAUCAUGAGUGACGAUCAGAGUCUAUCCGAAGUUGAGAUGAGCCCUGUUGGGUCUGAGGACCCCUCCUUAACACCUGAACCUUUGGCAUCUCAUUCCCAAUCCCACUCUGGCCCAGAUGAUGAUGAUGAUGAUGAAGAAGGAAAAGUGAAAAAAGAGCAUGAUUCUGAGGAUGAAAGAUUCCCUGUCUGCAUUCGUGAAGCUGUCUCCCAGGUGUUGAGUGGUUAUGACUGGACAUUAGUCCCUAUGCCAGUCAGGGUCAAUGGUGGCAAUAAGUCCAAACCUCAUGUGAAGCGACCCAUGAAUGCUUUUAUGGUAUGGGCACAGGCUGCCCGCCGAAAGUUGGCUGACCAGUACCCGCAUCUCCACAAUGCAGAGCUGAGCAAGACAUUGGGCAAGCUUUGGAGGUUGCUCAAUGAGAAUGAUAAGAGACCCUUCAUAGAAGAAGCAGAAAGACUGAGAAUGCAACACAAGAAGGACCAUCCAGAUUAUAAGUACCAGCCUCGUAGAAGGAAGAAUGGAAAGCCUACUCCUGGAGAGGGAGAUGGAUCUUCAGAAGCUGAAGGAGGUGCUGCCUCCAUACAAGCCCACUACAAAAACUCACAUCUGGACCAUAGACAUGGUUCCCCUAUGUCUGAUGGGAAUUCAGAGCACUCAACAGGUCAAAGUCACGGUCCUCCCACUCCACCAACAACACCAAAAACAGAACUUCAUUCAGGAAAAUCUGAGGGCAAGAGGGAUGGCUCCCGGUCUCUGGCAGAAGGAGGGAAACCCCACAUUGAUUUUGGCAAUGUAGAUAUUGGGGAAAUAAGCCAUGAUGUCAUGUCCAACAUGGAGACAUUUGACGUCAAUGAGUUUGACCAGUACCUUCCACCCAAUGGUCAUGCUGCACACCCAAGCCACAUUGGGGGUUAUACCUCCAGCUAUGGUCUCAGUGGAGCUCUGGCUGCUGGCCCCUCUGCUUGGGCUCUUGCAAAGCAACAUGCUCCAACUGUGGCAGAUUCAAAGGCUCAAGUGAAGACAGAAAGCUCAACUACAAGCCAUUAUACAGAGCAGCCUUCAACAUCACAGCUGACCUACACCUCACUGGGGCUGCCUCACUAUGGUUCAGCAUUUCCUUCUAUCUCAAGGCCACAGUUUGACUACUCAGACCAUCAACCAUCAAGUUCCUAUUACAGCCAUUCAAGUCAAGCCUCUGGCCUCUAUUCAGCAUUCUCCUAUAUGGGCCCUCCGCAGCGUCCACUUUACACUGCAAUCUCUGACCCUCCUGGUGUGGCUCCAUCACAUAGCCCAACACAUUGGGAACAGCCAGUGUAUACUACGCUGUCAAGACCAUGAGAAUUACUGAGAAACAGACAAAGGAGGGGAAUCUCUCGGAGAGCAACGUGCUCCGACGGGGUCCUCCCACAGCUCAAAUCCCAGGUAGAAUCCGGAUUCCAAGAGCACCAGGAAACUGUAGCCGGUUUCUACGGGCCCCUGGGAAAGACGGAGACCAGGGAAAAAUGGGUCUUUUCUAUGAAACAAUAUAACACUCCAGUGUAAAAAUUGUGGGGUAGGAUAGCAGGGCAAUGCAGGGAUGGGGGAAGGGAAUAAAAUUAUACACUGAUCAUGAACUAGUGUCUCCCAUAUUAGGGAGGAAUCUGCAACAUCUGACUUGGUAGUGGCUUUGAUCUUAGGUGCCAGAUUGGCUGGUAAAAUUGACUAUGUACAGCCAUUGGCUGCAGAAGGUAAAUUCCUCUCUGAAUGCCGCUUGACUUUUUUUUUUUUAUCCAUUUGACUGGGGCUGCUAAUCUGUUUGAAAUAAGGGAUAGUCCAAGCAAGAUUAAUCAACCUAACAUCUUGGGAAUCAGAAGAGUACUAAUUCCUUCUAUUCACUUGUCCACAGCAUAUGAAAAAUGGAUAUUAGCAUAUGAUGGAAAAUUUGAUACAGUUCUUGUUUUUAUGCCUCCCAGUCCUAUCUGCAAGGAUGGUGAGCUAACAAAGCUGCAUCCUAAUAAUCCUGAAGAACUAGAACAAGUGAAGGCAGGGGAUUCCUACUCCAGUAGUAAUCCACUCAUUGUGCAGUGGUCAAUGAAACAAGAAGACAUUCAUCUCCAAUCUCUGGAGUUACUGUUGGGUGCAGUAAGAUGGCCAACAUUUGGCUUACAUAUUCAUCCACAGUACUGUGCAUUUCUCUAUAAUGAGAGUCUUGAAAAACAAGAUGGCAUUUUUAUUU